CUCUGGUGCUGUAAACAUAUCCUGGAAAAACCAAAGAAUUAUAAGAAAAAUCUACUGAAGAGUUUUAUUUUUUAAAAAAUCAAAUCAUAUGAAUUUUUAAACAACAAGUGAAAUUAUUUAAAGUGCAAUUUUUUUUUGUGUGUUAACAAAAUUAUAAUAAAAAAAUAAUCUUUAUUAAUAAAAUAAACUAGAAUUUAUAAGUGAACUUUUUAAGCUAAAGUUAGCAGCAGAAGAACAUCCGAGACAAAAUGAAAUUAUACUUUUAUUUACGAUCAAUAAAUAGUUUUAAACUAUUUUUGUGGUUGGCCUUAAUUGCAACUGUUGCUUCAGUGCCAACAUCUGUUUUGGUACAAAACUCCGAAUUGGCCUCAAAUGCUCAACAAAAUCAUCAAAAUUCCAAUAAAAAUUUUAAUAGCAACAACAAUAACAAUGUUAUGACUAAAGUAAAACGCUCCAGUGGUGGCAACAAAAAUGAUGCUCACAACUCUCCAGCCGCUAUUAUGAACAAAAAAUCAAGUCCCGAAAUUGUACCAGCUUCCUAUACAGCUCCUCCAAAGCCCAAAUCAAUGAUGCCUCAGCUACAGCAGCAGCAACAGCAAAGACAAGAUGCUAAUGAAUUAAAUUUCAAUAAUAAUGCAAUGGAAAAGAACAACGAUCUGAUCAGUUCGGCUAUUGCAGCCGGUCUAACUGCAGCUGCAGUAGAGGCCGCUGCUGUGGCAGCCAAUCAACAUGAAUUGGAACAAUUAAGGAAACAACAUCAACUAUAUGCUGAUGAGGGUGAUGAUGAACAAGCCUCCUCAGCUAUUAAUAAACGUGGUAUAAGUGCCCAACAAUAUCCUUAUCGUAGUGCCUCCUCCUCCUCAACACCUGCUAGACUAGGUUGGGGUAAUAUUGCCGGUGUCAGUAACGAUUUCAAUAGCGGUGUUUAUAAUACAGAUGGUGGUUAUUACAAUCCUUAUGGCAGUUUUGAUAGCCUGCCAGCAGUUAGCAAUGAUGUGCCUCAGGGUACUUGGGGUGAUGAAUUGGAUCCCGGCAAUGUUGUUUAUACAGAUAUUGAUGAUUAUGUUCCCGUUUCAAAGGCUUCCACAUAUAGAAACAAAGCUUAUGAUAAUUUACAAAACAUUUUGAAUUCCGAAUCUUAUUUGGAUACAGUACCUCUACCCUACAACAGUGGCCGCUACUACAGUUCUGGUUUGGAUACCGAGCGUAAUAAGAGAGCUUACAAGAUCUUCAAUCAAUUGGCCAGCAAAUUUCCCGAUAUGAGAUUGAAACGCGACACAAAAUUAACCCCAGCCGAUAUGUUAGCCUUGGUAGCUUUGGUGGAAGCCGGUGAACGUGCUCGCAAAGACACUGACGCCGAUGCCGGUUACAACUAUCCCUCAGAGAACUAUGUACCCAAAACAUAUGGCCUGAAUAAUAACUACAAUACCGCUGGCAAUGUUUACGAUUAUCCAGCAAUGCCUCAGGCGGAAGAGAGUUUAGAUUACAACAAUAAUGGCUGGUUUGAACCCCAAUCGAUGGUGGACUAUUAUGGUAUGCCUGUAAAUAUGGAAGCAAUGAACAAAUAUGAAAUGCCCAGAGAAAUUCAAAGAGAAAAUAAAUACAGUGAUGGUUUUCCCUUAAAUUCAAAUGGAAAUCGUUAUAACAACAAACGUUUUAUGGUGGCCAAAAAGAAACGAUCCAUUGCUAAGUCUUCAAUACCCUACAAGCCCGAAUCAUUCUUUUAAAGUUGCACAUAAUAUUAUAAAUAAAAUAUAAACGUCAAUUUCAGGUACUUAACUAAAAAGAGAAAUUGUCGUUGUAUUCAAAAAUUAUGAAAAACUAAAACAGAAAUAGUAAUAAAUUUGUAAGAUACCACACCAUACCAAAGCUAAUUACUACUAAACUAAAUAUACAUAUAUUUCUAUAUUUAGUACAAAAUUAUC